ACCUCUGUAACAUACUUAAGUCAGAGCUUUAAGUGACUUAAGCCUUGCGAUGUAAAUAAACGUUAUCAAUUCGAGUGGCAUUUAUUUUUGAUGUCUAAAACCACGCGAUAUGAUGAUUACAGCAGUCAAAGUGCAAAGAAUACGCAAACGAAUGAAUUUUUGAGUGUUUUUGUUUAAUAUCUUUUGUUAAUUGGCUCUGACUUGCAAGUUUCGCCAUAAUCAAACCAUUCUAGGACACUACAAUGCUAUAAAACACCUACUACGCAUACCUAUCAUUCGAUUCACUUGAAUUAAUUGCAGGCGAGUUGGUAAACUGGUCUGUGAUUGAGUUCAAAAGUUCAAGAGUGGCUAUUGAAUUGAAUUGCGGAAUCAUUAAUGUUGUGAACAUACAACUAGCAACAAUUGUGAAAGUGGAGUGAAACAAAAUGGAGCUGUUGAAGAGUUUUAAGCCUGGGCCUUUGGACCAUUAUCGAAGACUGGCUUCUUUUGAUUGGAAAAAGUUGAAAGUGUUUCUCGAGACUGAAGAUAUCAUUAGAUACAAACAUGAAAUUGUUCAAUUUCUUAAAGCAAAUCCCAUUUGUUAUCCAUCGUAUAAAGAACAAAGCUUGGAUGAAACCAGACAUAUUGCUUUGAUGAGGAUGAAAUGUCUUCAGACAAGUGAAAUUAUUAAAUAUGUUAAUAUGGUGGAUAAUCCAUUGAAAUUGUGGGCUUGUUAUGAGACACUCUUUCAAUGGGACUUUGGUACUACUGUUAAAUACAGUCUGGAUUCAGGAAUGUUUCCAAAUGUUGUGAGAAACUUAGGAACUGAUGUCCAUUAUGAUAUUGUACAACAAAUUGAAGACCGCAAGAUUGUGGGUUGUUUUGCAUUGACUGAAAUCGGCCAUGGUUCCAACGUGAGUUCCAUGCAAACCAAAGCGACUUUUGACAAAGAACGCAAUGGUUUUGUCCUUCAUUCGCCAUCAUUUGAAGCAGCAAAGUGUUGGAGUGGUGUUCUUGGUCAAUGCGCAACACAUGCGGUUGUUUAUGCGCAGUUGUACACUGCUGAUGGUAAACACCAUGGUUUACAACAAUUUGUUGUGCAAGUUAGAGAUGCGGAUACGCAUCUAGCGCCACCUGGUGUUGUUGUGGCGGACAUGGGUGCCAAAGUGGGGUUAAAUGCAAUUGACAACGGUCUUGUUAUUUUUAAUAAUUAUUUCGUCCCGAAAUCUGCGCUUUUAAAUCGUAAUGGAGAUAUAAACGAAAAUGGCGAAUAUGUUUCCCGGUUUAAAGACAAAUCCAAACAGAAAGGAGCUGCGUUAUCUGCGCUAUCUUCAGGGAGGAUUAGCAUUACCAAUAUGGCGGCCGUGGCUUCCGGUCAGGCUGUAAUGAUUGCAGUGCGUUAUGCUGCUGUGCGUAAACAAUUCGGUCCUGAGGGAUCAAAUGAAGAAGUUCCUAUCUUGGAAUAUCAAACACAUCAACAUCGUCUUCUGCCAUACCUUGCAGGCGCUGUCAUUUUCAAAGCAUUUUCACGUUAUUUGGUAACAGAUAACUUCCAAAACAGCAUUGAUACACUCCUGGGUAACCCACGCGCAGACGCAAACGAACGCGGAAUGGAAAUGCACGCCAUUUCAUCCGCAUGUAAACCAGUCGCUGGUUGGUGGGCAAAGGAAGCUAUUCAGGAGUGUCGUGAAGCAUGCGCAGGACAUGGUUACCUCAAAGCUGCGAGAUUUGGGGAAUUGAGGAAUGAUAACGAUGCGAAUUGUACGUAUGAAGGGGAAAAUCAUGUUCUUAUACAACAAACAAGUAACUGGUUGUUGAAAUACGCGCCUGUGGUAUUACAAAAUGGUGGACAACAACAACGUGUGACUACACCUUAUGAAUCGUUAAAUUUCUUAACGAAUUUCAAGGAGAUUAUGGGAAUGAAGUGUAAUGUUGAGAGUAUUGCACAAAUGUCAGCACCAGAACAAAUUUUACAUAUGUAUCAAUGGCUUGUCUGUUACCUACUGAAAAUUAGCCAUGAGAAACACGAACGUAACCUACAAUGUGGUAAAGAUGCUUUUUGGGCGAAGAACGACAAUCAAGUGUAUUACAAUCGUACAUUAGCGGUUGCCUAUAUACAGCACUUUAUCCUGUACCGUUUCCUAACCUUCAUCAACGAAUGUGAAGAACCUUCCCUCCGCGUUGUUCUAACCAAGAUUUUCAGCCUCUACGCUUUGUUUAACCUUGAAAGACAUUCCUCUUUCUUAUACCAAGGCGGAUAUUUCCACGGAGAGAAACAUAACCAACUUUUACAAGAUUCCAUCUUAUUAUUAUGCAAAGAACUAAAAGAUGACGCUGUAGCAGUGGUAGACGCCAUUGCUCCCGAUGAUUUCAUCCUAAAUUCUAUUUUGGGCAACUCUGAUGGUCAAGUAUACGAACACUUGAAAAACUCCAUCUUUCAAGGUGAAGGAAACCUGACUCGACCAAAAUGGUGGCAUGAUAUCAUCCACAAUAAACACAACACAUCAAAAUUAUAAAAAAUAAGAGAUUUUUAGGUUAAUGUACAAAAUAUGCGAUUUUUUAACGUUUUUAUCAAUCAAUUGUUAUUAUCUUUAUAUUAUACAUUUAUAAACGUGUUCCCGGGACCAUAA